UUAGACUUUUUUGAAUAUAUAAAGACCCUGUUUAUGUGGUGUCGCCAAAUUUAAAUUCACACAGUUCCAACACCGCCACGUAAACCUCCCCCAAUCGACGCAAUUUAGCGGACGUGUUUUUGCACUAAAUCGACUUAAUCCUUCUUAUGUCCGCUUCUCCUUCAACGCCUCGUUUCUGAACAUCGACAUAUACACCUACUGAUUUCCUCCAACAACACAUUCGGCUUUAUCCACACCAAGAAAUCCGACCAUUCUUAUUUCUCUUAAAGCGUGAAGGUGUCUUGGAAGAUUACAUUUGGUCGGGUUUGAUGUGAAUCAAUUUAUUUGAUCUAUGGGUACCACUGUCUUAUAAAACCACACCGCCUUAUGCCGAACUGUCUUGUAUCGACCAAUAAACACAGAGACCCUCUGAAUUCAUAUAUUGGUUGCUUUCCCUAACCGCAAUAAUUGCCAUCCGUCAGAAUCCUAAUCUCCAUUGAUCUCCUCCUCCUGCAUCAGCAAUUUGUAUCCGUCGGAACCCUAAUCUUUUGUCAUCAAUAAUUGCCACCAAUCCAUUACUAUAAGGAACCAAAUUCAUAUGAAAUAUGGAUUCCAGUGGUCGACGGAAACAUAGAGAUAUGUGGACAAUACGUUUUCAGGCUUUGAAAGUUAUGCAAUACGUUUCCAGGCUUUGAAAGAUAUUGUUUUCGUUUAACGGCUUUAAUUUGAGAUUGGUUUCAUUAAUCACGUUAGAUCUGUUUUUUUGAUUACAUAUGGAUUUAUUUAUUAUAUGUUUUCCUUUGAACAAUGGUUUGUGUUACGAUUAAUAUGGGAUGUAUAUCAACUGUUUGACAAAAUGCCUAACUAAUCACAUUAUUUUGGUACCGCGAUAUGAAGUAAGGAUAUAUCCUCGUGAUUGUUGUAAUCACAUUAUUUUGGUAGUGCCUUAAUACAAUCAAGCCAUUGCUUCCAAAUACAAUUCAGGCUUCUUCAAUCUGAAUCUGAAGCCCGCAACUUCAAAUACCCUGUUUCAGCACCAACCCGUUGGUCAAAAGGUUGAAGCUGAAAAAGAAUAGGGCAAGCAAAUAACAAACUCAAAGCAAUAUAUCAAAGCAAUAUACCCUGCCUGAUUAAAAUUGAUUCUUGAUACAUAAUUAAGGAUAAUUUAUCCUUUAAUUCUUAAUUUUGCAGUGAGUGGCGAGUUGGACGACAUUUAUCACACGAAGUUAUUAAAAGCAUAAAAGAUGAAUUUUUCCCCAGAGUCCAAAACAGGUCUAGGAUCACUAAUUACUUUUGUUGGUGUUUGAUUUGUCUUUUUCUAGCCCUCCUUCGAUACACCAUAUGGUUUGGGGAUUAUCAAAGAUGUUGCUUCUUUUUUGUUAACUUAAAAGUUCAAUUUCUGGUUUUUAUUUUAAUGAUUAUUGAUUAAAUCAGAAAUCAACAGUCAUUUUUCUUACAGAUCAGAUUACAUUAUUUGUGACUCUCAAGAUUGUGGUCUUGGUUGCAACUUUUAUUUUGAAAGGUUCACUUGAGAGCACCACAUGUCGAAGAGUUUAAUAAUUUGCUGAUCAUAAUCCUUGUUGAAGCAAGAAAGAAUGGAGAAGGCCAUGAUGUUUGAAACCGAAGCAAGUGAUCUGGCUAUAGAACCGUAUAUAAAUAAAAAUUUCGACACAAAUGAUUUCAUGGAAGAAACAUAUGAAUCUGAAGCACGUAACGAUUUCGAUGUGAACAUUGAAUUUGACGAAGAUGAAGAUAAUGUUGAAAGGAUACUGGGAAAGGUUUUCGAUACGCCCGACGAAGCAUAUACAUUUUAUAACGAUUAUUCCUUUUUACAUGGUUUUGGUAUACGUAAAGAUGAUACGGUUAAAAGCACAAGAACAAAUGAGCCUUAUCGGAAGUAUUAUGUAUGCAGCAAAGAAGGUUUCAAACGGGUAGACAACAAUGAUUCAAGUGGAAAUGAGAAAAAACGUCGUAGAGAUGUUAGAACUGGAUGUCAAGCAAAGCUUCGAAUUACAAGACAGGAGGAUGGAAAAUGGUUGGUGGACUUAUUUAAUGACACACACAAUCAUGAAUUGACCAUGACACCAACGAAGGUAAUCAAGCAUCGAUCUCAUAGCAAUUUCCACCGUUCAAUAGAAGGUAAAUCUCUUAUGGUGCAAUUUGGUCAAGCAGGGUUGAAACCUUCUCAGAUUAAAAAGGCAGUUAAUACAAUGAAAACCUCAAAUAUAGCUGAUGUUACUUCAAAGCAAUGUGCUGAUGUCUUAUCUGAGCAUCGAAAAUAACAUAGAGGAAAGGAGUUCUAUGGACUUAUAAAACAUUUUCAAGAUAAUACAUUAGUUGACAGUGACCGGUAUUUUGUCGUGGAUUUGUCUGAUGAUGGGUAUCCUAGAAAUAUCUUUUGGGCUGAUGGUAGAUCAAGAGAUGCAUAUACAAAAUUCAGAGAUGUUGUUGUGUUUUAUGUCACUUAUAUGACUAACAAAUUCAAGAUGCCCUUUUCUCCCUUUACUGGGGUGAAUCAUCAUGGACAGUCUAUCAUUUUUGGUGGAGCAUUGCUUGAAAAUGAAAAGGAAGAGACAUUUGAAUGGUUAUUUAAACAUUUCCUCAAAUGUAUGUUUGACAAAUAUCCGAAUGCAAUUAUUACCGAUCAAGACAAAGCUAUGGGUAAUGCAAUAAAAAGAAUGUUUCCAAAUACUCGACAUCGCUUUUGUUCAUGGCAUAUCAGGAAGCAUGAAACUGAGCACCUUCGACCGUAUGUUUCCCGUUACAGUGAUUUUCAAGAAACGCAUAGAAAAUGGGUAAAUAGUGACACCAUUGAACAAUUUGAAGCAACAUGGGAAGAUAUGCGUAUUAAGUAUGAACUGGAAAGCAAUUGUUGGAUUAGUGACAUGUAUAACCAACGUAUACAUUGGGCUAAACCCUUCUUGAAGGAUAUUUUCUUUGCUGGUAUGACCACAACCGGACGAAGUGAGAGUAUCAAUUCAUUUUUUGAUGGAUUUGUUAACUCGAAAACCAUGCUGAAUGAAUUUGUUGUACAAUACGACAAAGUAGUUGAGUCACGAAGGGCUACCGAAGAAGAUGAAGACUUCAAGACUAUGAACUCAAGGCCGGUUCUUUCUUCGGUGCAUCCAAUCGAAGCAAAAGCUGGUCAAUGUUAUACUAGAAAGAUGUUUGAUACUUUCAAAAAAGAAUGGACCGAAGCUAUUACCAAUUUGAGUCACAAUACUCUAACAAAAACUACAGAAGAAAGCACAUAUAAAGUUGGGCAAUUGGACGUUGAUAAAAAAUAUUGGCGUAUUGUUACCUUUCGUUCUUUAAAUCAAGUCAGUGUCACAUGUUCUUGUUCUAUGUAUGAGACAAAUGGGAUUUUAUGCAAGCAUAGCUUAUACGUAAUGAAGAAGAAGAAUGUUCAAGAACUGCCGAGUCAUUAUAUUUUACCGCGAUGGACCCUUGGUGCUAGGUACAAAUUAGGUAGUGUUAGUAUCGGACUUGGAGAAAUUAAUAAUGAAAAUGGAGUUAGUGCCUACACAUUAUUUUGUGUCCGUUUAAAUUUUACUAAACUAAUUGAACAAUCAAGGAACUCACCUUCGGAGAUACAAAAACUCAAUUCGAUGUUGAUAAAUCUUUUAGAUGAUCAAGCAAACCGAAAGAAAUCUGUGUCUUCGGAGAAUGCAUCUCAAAGUUUUUGUAUGGGAGUUUCACAAGUAGAUAUGAUGUCACAAUUAUCUGUCUGUGAUCCUCUUGGUCCCACUACUACAAAAGGGCGUCCUAAACUUACAAUUAGAAUCAAGUCUUCUUUGGAAGCCCCUAAAAAACGAACAUGCUCUUACUGUCAAGGAUUUGGUCAUUAUGCUACUAGUUGUUCAAAAAGAAAGGCGGAUGAAUCGUUGCAAGAGACAUAAUGAUGAGAUGUCUUAUUUAUGUGAGGAAAAGAAAAACUAGAUGCUUCUUGACAUUUUUUUGGUUAACUGCACCUUUUUCAUGUUUAGACACAAACGGUGUAUGAAUAAUCUAGAAGUUAUUGAUGCUUCUUAACAAUUUUAAUG